AGUUUGGAGGAGCAAAAUAAGUCUUUGUUUGAACAUAUCAAGAUCCUUCAGGGAGAAAAUUGCGCCCUAGAGCUCAAGAACAACGAACUGAAGUCCGAAUUGGCAAAGAAGAGGCUGCAGUACCCAGAGCAGCCCGAUGGAAAGCAACCUUAG